AUGGCGGAUAGCCACACAAAAAAUUUGUGUGUUGAAAUUAUACACACACACUUCGGACCUCUAACUUCCAAACUUGCAUCGGUUUUAUUGAGCCGCGGGCGUCUGUCUCUUUUCCAAUUGGCACGGUUCGCGGACCUGAAACCUCGUACUGCUAGAGCAUGCGUUCUUGUUCUUGUUCAACAUAAUAUACUAUGGCAUACGAAGGGAGAUGAUGGCACUGAAAUGUUUGAAGUCAACGUCGACGACUGCAUCAUGCGUCUACGGUUCGGGAAAUUUGUCUGGCUAGCGGAUAGAAUUUUUGGAAAAGAGGCAGCAGAUAUAAUCCAAGUAAUUCUGGAUCACGGAAAACUGAAGUCCCCGGAUAUCAUGAACCAGCUUUCUGUAUACGACCCUAAGAAAAUUAAGCAAUAUACCUUAGCACUUCAUAAACUUGUUUCUGGGGCAUACCUGAAACCUUCCACCAUUCUUUCUCAUCUCUCUCCUCGCGAUAAAUGUAUACAGUACGAGUCCGAGGAAAAACGAAAGAUUUCUGGGUUCCCAACAGCGAAGGAGUUGCGCGAAGCGAAAGAAGUUGCACAAGCCAGACUUAAAAGGGAAGAGGAAGAGGCUGAGCAAGUUGGAUUGAAACGCAAAGCUAAGGAUCAGCCCGGGCCGCGUUCAAAUAAGCGGAAAACUUCUGAAGAAGAAGAAGUUGUCAACGAAGAUGUUUACUUCAGGGUUAAUUACGCAAGGUUCGGUAUUCACAUACGGAAUACAAUGAUAGAAAGGGCCGUCAAGGAGAGGUACAACCUUGGAGCAUCGAUUGUCGUCCAAGCAGCUUUGAAAGCUACCGAAAACUCGCAAGGAGAUCUUUCGGACUGCAGAUCACAACCCACUUCUGUUUCAAACAUCGCCGUACAUAUACCGGAAGAUGCAGAAUUAUCCUCUGGUCUCGUUUAUCCUUCUAAAAAGGUACCAACUCUUACAUGUGUCAAGGAUUAUCUGGGAAUGCUUGCAUCAGCCGAUAAUCCAACACCCGAAGGCCGAGCUUCGUCCUUUAUAUCGUAUUCGUCUUCGAAAGUGCAAGUUGAAUUCGAAAUAAUUGGACAGAGAAUGCGUCAGGCGAUUGUAGAAGCUGUAGCAAGAGACAAACAUGGGCCAGAGGGUGUCAGAAUUUUACGUUUACUUUCCUCAACUGGCAAAAUGGACGAAAAACAAAUUUCAAAAAAUGUUAUGAUGGCCCCUAAGGACGUCCGACCUCUCCUUGUUGCACUAUCUGCCGAUUCAUUAAUUUCCACCCAAGAAGUACCCAAAAGUGCUGAUCGGAAUCCUACCAGAACAUUUUAUCUCUGGUAUGUUGAUCUACAAAAGUGCUACCAAGUCAUCUUAGGCAAUGUCUACAAGACAUUGUUUAAUAUUGCUGCUCGUAGGCGGUCAGAGCGGGAAAACAGUGAGGUUUCUGCGGUUCUGCAGAAAAGAGAGAGGAGUGAUGUAAGUCAGGAUGAGAGCUUAUUGACGAGGUUAGAGCGGGAAACACUCAAGGAAUGGGAAUCGAAGGAGGAAAAGUUGACAAUAUUGGAAAUGAGAGUGGAAGAGACUAUAUUUUUGCUCAAAGAUCUCUCUGCUUACAGCCAGGAACCAUAA